GAAGAGAUCAUCUUGUAUAUCUUCAACUACAUUCGAAAUUCUAUAAUACAAACGAAAAAUGGCUCUGGGCAGCGAGAAUCAGUCCUUUUUCUACGACGAUGAGGAGUCUUCAUCAUCAUCCCCGGUCACCACUGGGCCCUCAGUCAUCCGGCGGAAUGCCCGGGAACGCAAUCGCGUCAAGCAGGUCAACAAUGGCUUCAGCCAACUGCGGCAACACAUUCCCGUCGCCGUGAUUGCCGAUCUGAGCAAUGGUCGUCGUGGAAUCGGCCCAGGUGCCAAUAAAAAAUUGAGCAAAGUCAGCACACUGAAAAUGGCCGUUGAGUAUAUACGCCGAUUGCAGAAAGUCAUUGAUGAAACCGAUCAGCAGAAGCAGCAGCAGCAACAGUUGCAGUUGCAGCAGCAACAUAUGCAAUUCCACCAGCAGCAGCAACAUGAGCAACUUCAACAGCAACAGCAGCAACACUUUUACGCCUGGCAACAACAGUUGCAGUUGCAAUCGCCCACUGGCAGCGUGAGUUCCUGCAACAGCAACAGCAGCAGCAACUCCUAUUACACACCAGCAACAUCGACGAUUACGGCAGCAACACCUUCGUCGCAUGUUGUUCCCAAGCUGGAAAACAGCUAUGAAGACUACCGCAACAAUUCCUGCAGUUCGGGCGCCGAAGACGAGGACAUCCUCGACUAUAUUUCCCUGUGGCAGGAUGAUCUGUAGGGAAAUCCCUUCGAAAAUCUCCUGCAAUUGCUAGUCGCACACACACAACGAACCAUUGAUUGGCCAACAAAAGUAUUACCUCAGCCACAAAGUAUUUAUGUAACCCAAAACGAACCACCUUUUUUUUUCCUGUACAAAUUAGUUGUUAAGUUUUUAUAUAGUUUAUAAGUCUUAGCUUGUAGAAAAAUGGAAGACAAUUUAUACUUAAGAAUCUCUUUUUUU